UGUACAGUAAGCACAGUCACUUGUGACGACAUCGUCGGCAUCGCCAUUUAACAGGUGUAUAUUUGCAGUGAUCAUACCUUUUCGUAGCCUAUCAGGUGAUGGGGACCCUACUUUGGGGAAUUGUGAUCACCACCAAGUUCGCGUUCAUCUGCAUCAUGGGAGAGCAGAUGAGCGUUGAGAAUAGAAGGAUUUUGGCCGCCUUGCAGACUGGACUGGCUAAUCACCCAGACAUGGAUUUUCAAAGAAAAGGAGAAAUUUCCAGGUUCAUUCAUCAGAUACAAAUGCAAGAUAUCCGUGUGAAGGCUUUUGAUUCCAGCAGUUAUUACGAUUUGACUACUUUGAAGAGAGUGAUGGGGACCCUACUUUGGGGAAUUGUGAUCACCACCAAGUUCGCGUUCAUCUGCAUCAUGGGAGAGCAGAUGAGCGUUGAGAAUAGAAGGAUUUUGGCCGCCUUGCAGACUGGACUGGCUAAUCACCCAGACAUGGAUUUUCAAAGAAAAGGAGAAAUUUCCAGGUUCAUUCAUCAGAUACAAAUGCAAGAUAUCCGUGUGAAGGCUUUUGAUUCCAGCAGUUAUUACGAUUUGACUACUUUGAAGAGAGCCGUCGCCUCGGUCGCCACCUUCAUCAUCGUUUUGAUCCAAUUCGCAGCCCUCGUGGCGCAGGCGGCCAGUGACGGCUCAGUACCGAAAUGCAACUGCCAAAAAUGCUAGGCUGCCAAAAAUAUGUUCUGUUUUGACAACAUGUACCUUCUCUGAACGAAGAAACUAUGAAAUCUCUACAUUUCACUCUGGAAACCGCGUUGUGAGGCAGUCUCACACCAAAUAGUGUGGGACCCUCUGUGUCUGGUGAUUGGGGUAAAUGUAUCAUUACAUGAAAACGACGAAACGAUGAAGAGUCAUCGCAAGCUUUUAUCAAAGAAGUGUCGGAAACUUAUUCUAACCUCGGCAAAUCAGCACUUCGGCAACAAAUGC